AUGGUUCGAGUGUGUUCCUAUCCUGGAUGCUUCAAUCAGAUGAAGCGCAAGUGUGGAAUAACCCAUUCCGUAACUUUCCACAAAUUAGCUCUUCGGGACCCUGAAAGGCUAAAACUGUGGCUAAUAGCUCUACGAAAAGAUCUAAGGACAGCUAACGUGGAUUCUCUCCGUGUCUGUAGUGAACAUUUUUCAGCGGAUGAUUUCCGAACCUGUAAAGGAAGAGCUUUAUUAAAGAGUACAGCUGUGCCGAUGGUGUCACAACUAAGGACAGAGGGCAUUUCACAACAUCCUGCUGCUGCAGUGAAUGAGACAGCCAACAUUGAGACUUCUUUUGAUGGUGUGCCACACUCCACUCCAGUUAAACCAAAACAACCCGGUGAUCGACCUGAGCACUCUCAUGCAAGACUGCAGCUGGUCCUAACAAGCCCUGAAACAACCAAAGAACGCACAUGUCCAUCCACAUCUGGCAGUUAUCAUGCCUUCCCCCCCACAUGGUUAUCUCAAACUGAUAUGCAAGCUCAGAUGGCAGAGGAACGUUUGGAGGAAGGUUUGGAUGUCAGCAUGACCUCAAUUGUUGUUCCUCUAUACCCAAAAGACACCAGUUUUGCUCUUCCAAGCUCAACAUCAACUUCAACUCCAACCUCAGAAGAAACUGAAGACUUGAGAACCUGGGAUGAGAGGAAAUGGCUGGUUGACGAGUCAAAAUUGUUUCAGCUUUUCAAGACUUGCCAUCAGUGUGGAACAGAAAUCAUUCAAAAAAAUGUUCAGAUAUCUGGGAGCCGUAUCAAAAGAUUGUGGGAGUGUCUGAAUCAACAUAGUGAUGAGUGGAGUUCCUGUCCAGAUGUUAGAGGGAUGCCAGAGAAUAAUCUACUUGUAGCAGCGUCAACUCUCUUCACUGGUGCCACGUACACAACAAUUGCUGAUUGGGCUGGACUGCUGAAUCUCCAAAUUCCCAACAAUACAACAUAUUACAAAAUACAGUCUUCAUAUCUAAUCCCAGUCAUCGACAUGGUGUACAACGAGCAGCACAAGGCCAUCAUGGAACAGCUACUGCAUAAACAGUAUACUCUGAAAAAGGGAGUGCAUGUAUCUGGAGAUGGCCGAUCAGACAGCCCAGGCUUCUCCGCAAAAUACAACACCUACAGCUUCAUGGAGGACACAACAAAGGAAAUAAUCCUUUUUCAGUUAGUGCAGAAGGACAACCGAGACCUGCAACCAUGGAUAAAAUCCAUCUGCAAUCACUUGUGGUACGCCUGUUCCACUUGUGGAGGUGACCCUGAUGAUUUGAUAAGGAAGUGGAAAGCACUACUUCAUCACAUCUGUGGUGUGCACCGCAGGGAGGAAGAUGGACAGGAGAUUAAAUGUGUGCAUGCUGACCUUACGUCAGAGGAACAGAGGCGAAAGAGGUGGUUAAGGAGAGACUCUUACGCUUUCAAAGCCCUGACAGCUAUUGCCCUGGACAAAGGACUCAUGAAAGACCUUAGGGAAGCUUGAAGUAUUCCAUGCAUCUAUGCUGAAAUACACAGAGAAGAGACUGCACUUCCACUACUCAACAAUGAAAGCUCGCACCCAGCUUGCCGUUAUGGACCACAAUGAAAAUGUUCAGCGUGAACAGGCCUACACCAA